UCCGUGCGUCCGAGCAGACACCCGGCCAGCGCUGGAGGAGGAAGAUAGAUCGUCUCGCCGCCGCCCGCGCCCGGCUCGGGGCUGACUCACCGGAGCCCAUGUAGACUGUGGCCGCCUUCCGAAGAGUUGCAAUGACUGCGUGUGUGUGACUCGGCUGCGCCGCUCAACUUCCACCAAACCGCAGGAUCAGCCGCAAACUUUUAACCACCGUUCCCCCCAGACCCGAGUUCUCAGAUGUGGAAAAGCUGUUCUCUUGAGUAUCAUCGACUGGGACUUUUUUUUUUUUUAAGAUUAGCUAGAGAGAUCUUUGAAAAGCUAAAAUUUCUGCACUGAUCAUUUGGCCAGAAUUUAUUGAGGGAAUAUGUCAAGUAAUUCUAGCUCAACCCUCUUCCAACUACUGAAGUUGAUUUUCAAGGCUACUUAAAAGAAAAAAAAAAAACUACAGCGAACAUUAAUGGAUUUCUGUUGUGUUUAAAUUCUCUACAGAUUGUAUUGUAAAUAUUUUAUGAAGUAGAGCAUAUGUAUAUAUUUAUAUAUACGAGCACAUACAUUAGUAGCACAACCCUUGGAAGUCUCUGCUCUUGCUUUUGAGGACGGAAGUCAUUUUUUUUUUUCAUGAUAAAAGGGUCUCCCUGUAUGGAAGACACUCCUGUAUUGUGUUGUUGGGACUUUAAGCAAAACUGACCUGGAAAAAAUAACAAUAAACCUGACAGGCAAUUAACUACUGGAACUUUCAAGUCGUGUAUUUGUUGGUCGUUUUGCUCUUCGCAUAAAUAUUUUAGGAAGUGUACGGGAAUUUUUGCCUCCGGGAACUUUUGUAAUAGCCAAAGCCUGAACUUCAACUCUGAAAGCAAGACUCUUGAAGACAAUCUUCCUUUUGGCUUUGACUGUGGAUUUCUGGUCGCCCACAUAUUUUAUUUUAUUUUAUUUUAUUUUAAAUGCACUAAGCGGUUGUUGGCUAAGGAACCCUGCCUGGGUCUGAGGCCGAUCGACAUUAACUAGAACUUUCCCCCAAGUCCUGGACUGUUCAGUAACUUAGUCUCAUCCUCCUCCCCCCCCCACCCCCCCCAGCCCUCUCGCAGUCCUAAAGGCUCCUGAACUUGUAUGUUGGUGUCCCGGGAGCUGCUGGCUGAAGAUCGUCGCCGGCUAGUAGGAGCUGUUUGCAGGGUCCUUACUCAAUCGGCUUGUUGUGAUGCGUAUCCCCGUAGAUGCCAGCACGAGCCGCCGCUUCACGCCGCCUUCCACCGCGCUGAGCCCGGGCAAGAUGAGCGAGGCGCUGCCGCUGGGCGCCCCGGACGGCGGCGCCGCCCUGGCCGGCAAGCUGAGGAGCGGCGACCGCAGCAUGGUGGAGGUGCUGGCCGACCACCCUGGCGAGCUGGUGCGCACCGACAGCCCCAACUUCCUGUGCUCCGUGCUGCCCACCCACUGGCGCUGCAACAAGACCCUGCCCAUCGCUUUCAAGGUGGUGGCUCUGGGCGAUGUUCCGGAUGGUACUCUGGUCACUGUCAUGGCGGGCAAUGAUGAAAACUACUCGGCCGAGCUGCGAAAUGCUACUGCGGCCAUGAAGAAUCAAGUCGCGAGAUUCAAUGACCUCAGGUUUGUGGGUCGCAGCGGUAGAGGAAAGAGCUUCACUCUGACCAUCACUGUGUUCACAAACCCACCGCAAGUUGCCACCUACCACAGAGCCAUCAAAAUCACAGUGGAUGGGCCCCGAGAACCCCGAAGACAUCGGCAGAAACUAGAUGAUCAGACCAAGCCGGGGAGCUUGUCCUUUUCCGAGAGGCUCAGUGAACUGGAACAGCUGCGGCGUACGGCCAUGAGGGUCAGCCCGCACCACCCCGCCCCCACGCCCAACCCUCGGGCCUCCUUGAACCACUCCACUGCCUUUAACCCCCAGCCUCAGAGUCAGAUGCAGGAUACAAGGCAGAUCCAGCCGUCCCCACCAUGGUCCUACGAUCAGUCCUACCAGUACCUGGGAUCCAUCACCUCUCCUUCCGUGCACCCAGCAACACCUAUUUCUCCUGGACGUGCCAGUGGUAUGACAAGCCUCUCUGCAGAACUUUCCAGUCGACUUUCAACGGCCCCGGACCUGACUGCCUUCGGCGACCCUCGCCAGUUCUCCACGCUGCCCUCCAUCUCAGACCCCCGCAUGCACUACCCGGGCGCCUUCACCUACUCCCCGACGCCCGUCACGUCGGCCAUCGGCAUCGGCAUGUCUGCGGCCAUGAGCUCGGCCACGCGCUACCACACGUACCUGCCGCCGCCCUACCCGGGCUCGUCGCAGGCGCAGGCCGGCGCCUUCCAGGCCAGCUCGCCCUCCUACCACCUGUACUACGGCGCCUCGGCGGGCUCAUACCAGUUCUCCAUGGUGGGCGGCGAGCGCUCACCGCCGCGUAUCCUGCCGCCCUGCACCAACGCGUCCACGGGCUCGGCGCUGCUCAACCCCAGCCUGCCGAGCCAGAGCGACGUGGUGGAGGCCGAGGGCAGCCACAGCAACUCGCCCACCAACAUGGCGCCCGCCGCGCGCCUCGAAGAGGCCGUGUGGAGGCCUUACUGAGGCUACGACCC